AUGUCUAAUCCAGACAAGGCUAAAUGGAAUCCUUAAAGAAUAACAAUUAAUCUGGUGAUUCUAGCUGGAUUUCUUUAAAUCUUAACCUUCCACCACAAUAUUCAAUAAAGAUUUUACUUCCAUUUAGGAAGUAUAAAAUAUAUUUAAAUUAGAAUUGACAAUUGGAGUGGCGAGAGGUUCUAAUUAAUAUAUAAUAAUCAGGUGGAUACUAGAAAUUUUUGAAAUGGUGAUGGUAAUGGUCUAUGUAGUCUGA